AUGCCUGAAUGGUCCAACAACCUGACGUCAUACCUGGAGAACUCCCUGACUGGUGCGUUGGAGAACUUCCUCAAUAACUGGGAAAAUAACCAAACCGCUUCGUCCAAUGAAGAGGAACAGAACGUCAGAGAUAUCCUAUGUUACCUGGUCGUUAUGCUUGGUAUGUUUGCGUUCAUCAUGGUGGCCAUGUUGGUGAGCACCGUCAAGUCCAAGCGACGGGAGCACUCCAAUGACCCCUACCACCAGUACAUCAAGGAGGGCUGGACCGCAGAGAUCCAGCAAAGUCAAGUCAUCGCCAACUUUGCAGCACAAGUAAAGCCAUAACAUCCAAUAGAAAUAUUUUGUGAUUUAAACCAUAGACUGUAUAAAGAAGUGGA